CCUCAGGUUGCCAGUUCGGUUAUUCCGUAAUUGAUCAAACUCGACCCGGGGCCUUCCCAGAAAAGGGUUCUGUCACUUACACCACAUCUCCCUCCCCAGCUCCUCCGAAUAUCGGUGACAGCCACUUCCAUCCGUCCAGCCCAACACCAAGAGACAACCGCAGUGGGACAGCAGAAUGAGUGCACUUCAGGUUGGCAGCGGCUCCUCGGAGCUAACCAUGGCCGUCGUCGGGUGCGGCACCAUGGGCAUCGCGAUCCUUUCCGGCAUCCUUGCCUCGCUCGACGAGAUGCAAGACGCAUCCAAGGCCGCCUCCUCGGGCACCUCAACGCCGCUGUACGAAACGGCCCCCACGACUCGCCUCCCCUCGCGCUUCAUCGCCUGCGUGCGCCGCCCCGAGAGCGCCAAGAAGCUCAAGACCACCUUCGCGGCCCACCUCGGCGCCGUAACCAUCGCGCAGAACGACAACGUCGCCUCCGUCGCGAAGGCCGACGUCGUCCUCCUGGCCUGCAAGCCGUACAUGGUGCAAGAGGUCCUCUCGGAGCCGGGCAUGGCCGCGGCCCUGCGCGGCAAGCUGCUGAUCAGCAUCCUGGCGGGCGUGACGGAGUCGCAGAUCGAGGCGACGCUGGCGGCCGCCAACGGCGGCAACCCGCUGCCCUGCCGGGUGGUGCGGGCCAUGCCCAACACGGCGUCGCUCAUCCGCGAGAGCAUGACGGUCAUCGGCAUCUCCAACCCGCCGCUGGACCCGGACACGCUGGGGCUGGUGACGUGGGUGUUCAAGCGCAUCGGCGACGUGGUGUACCUGCCGCCGGCGACCAUGGACGCGUGCACGGCGCUGUGCGGGUCCGGGCCGGCCUUCUUCGCCCUGAUGCUCGAGGCCGCCAUCGACGGCGCCGUGGCCAUGGGCCUGCCGCGCGCCGAGGCCCAGCGCAUGGCCGCGCAGACCAUGAAGGGCGCCGCCGGCCUGGUCUUGAACGGCGACCACCCCGCGCUGCUGCGGGACAAGGUCAGCACGCCGGGCGGCUGCACGAUCGGGGGCCUGUUAGUGCUCGAGGAGGGGCGCGUGAGGGGCACCGUUGCGAGGGCCGUGAGGGAGGCGACGGUCGUCGCGAGCCAGCUGGGCAAGGGCGUGCAGGGGGUGAACGGGACGAGAUUUCCGAGCAACCAGCUCCAGUAGGAACACGGCGAUUGAGAGAGUAUAUGGACACGUUUCAUUUUUCUCGAGUGAUGGGAACAAUUUGUAGAAUGGUUCGGGAUAGCGUAGACACGGAGUUCCAAAACUUAUCCGUUUGCGAAAGAGACUAAGCCUCCUAGUCCCUUCUCUA